AACAAAAACAAAAACAAAAAAGCCUAAACACUUUUGAACAGUUUCACACAAAUCCCCAUAACCAGAGAAUAUGGUGAUCAGUUUAGUCCCUCUACUCCUCUCCUUGAUCACCAUAUUCACCAUCUUCAACCCAUCUGCCAUUGCACUAGUAUCUAAAGCAACCGUGGACCAAACCCAAAUCCUCAACACAACAAGCCAAUGGUUCCAUCUCCCGCCGGAUCUCAACCAAUACACUAUAGGAUUCUCUGUUCCCACAAUGAUCGCCGCCGUUCUCUCCUUCAUGGCCGCCUCUAUCUCCAGCGCCGGAGGAAUCGGUGGCGGUGGUCUCUUCCUCUCGAUCAUGACAAUCGUAGCUGGUCUCGAAAUGAAAACAGCGUCUAGCUUCUCUGCUUUCAUGGUAACGGGAGUCUCUUUAGCGAACGUUGCAUGCAAUAUCUUCGUGAGAAACCCUAACUCAAGAGACAAGACCUUAAUAGAUUUCGAUCUAGCUCUCACUGUCCAGCCGUGUCUGCUUCUUGGAGUAAGUGUUGGUGUGAUAUGUAACCGUAUGUUCCCUAACUGGCUUGUGUUGUCGCUCUUCGCUGUGUUUCUUGCGUGGUCAACGAUGAAGACUUGUAAAAAAGGGGUUUCUUAUUGGAAUUUGGAGUCGGAGAGAGCCAAGAUUAAGAGUAGUAGGGAAGAUGAUGGGAUCGAGGCAGCGAGAUUGCCGCUUCUGGUAGAAGGUGAUGGAGAUAGAGGAAUGGUUAGGAUUCCAUGGAUGAAGCUUGGAAUUUUGGUGAUUAUUUGGUUAUUGUUCUUCUCCAUUAAUCUUUUUCGAGGAAACAAAUACGGUCAGGGUAUUAUAUCUAUUUUGCACUGCCUGAGGCCAGGCCAUCUACCACCUUUUGUUGGCUUCAGUGACAAUGUUCAAAGCAACCACACACCACAUAAUGACCAAGACUCUGAAAAGGAGAUUGGAUCGAACAAGUUUAUGCUUCCAGUAAUGGCUCUGUUGGCUGGAGUUUUGGGUGGCCUUUUCGGUAUUGGCGGUGGAAUGCUCAUUAGUCCUCUUCUUCUCCAAAUCGGUAUUGCUCCUGAGGUAACUGCAGCGACAUGUUCUUUCAUGGUUUUGUUUUCUUCAUCAAUGUCUGCAAUUCAGUACUUACUACUAGGCAUGGAACACGCUGGAACUGCGGCGAUAUUCGCUUUGGUCUGCUUUGUAGCGUCCCUGGUCGGACUAAUGGUGGUUAAGAAGGUUAUAGCCAAGUACGGGAGGGCUUCAAUCAUUGUGUUUGCAGUAGGUAUCGUCAUGGCACUCAGCACUGUGCUGAUGACAACUCAUGGAGCUCUUAAUGUCUGGAAUGAUUUUGUCUCUGGUCGCUACAUGGGUUUCAAAUUACCCUGUUAACCAAAACUAAAUAAAUCCACUUCAUGAACAUGUUUCAUUUGGUCUCUUGAAUCUUGAAUGGUUAAGCCUAGCAAAAUCUUGUACUUUACUAUCAAUAAGAGAGUUUUUGUUGCGUAACAUUUUAA